AUGGACCAGCACAACGCCGCCGUUUCUGCUAUAUCUUCCACAGUUCGCAAUCUUUACUCCCGCAAGCUACCUUUCCGGAUCUACCAUGGCUCAACAAACAGUACGCGCUCGCAGUCAUUCCAACAUGACCAGAUCGUGGAUAUCAGCGCGUUGACGCAUGUGCUCACAAUCGACCCUGCGGCGAAAACAGCCCUGGUGGAGCCAAAUGUUCCGAUGGACAAGCUUGUUGCGGCUACGCUGCGACACGGCCUUGUUCCCCCGGUGGUCAUGGAGUUUCCGGGCAUCACUGUUGGCGGUGGGUUCGCUGGCACCGGGGGCGAAAGUAGCUCGUUUCGACAUGGGUUCUUUGACCGCACGGUGACGUGGAUUGAAGUGGUGCUAGGAAAUGGAGAUGUUGUUACUGCCAGCCCGAAUCCGGGGGAGAAUGAAGAUCUAUUCUGGGGACUCUCGGGGAGCUUUGGAACUCUAGGGGUUACGACGCUUUUGAGAGUGAAGCUGGUUGAAACUAGCAAGUGGCUGGAGGUGCAAUAUUUCCCCGUACACAGCGCGAGGGAUGCGAUUGAUUUACUGGGGAAGAAGGUGAAGGACGAGAAACUCGACUACGUGGACGGCAUCCUGUUUGCUGCUGACCGCGGCGUGGUUGUCACUGGCCAGAGAAUUGAUACCAUGGACCCUAAGAAGCAGAGCAGGGUUCAGACUUUCACGCGUCCGAGUGACGAGUGGUUUUAUAUCCAUGCCGAACAGAUCUGCCAGGAGUCUCCAUCAGAGUCCACGAUUGAGUAUGUUCCGGUGGCAGACUACCUUUUUCGAUAUGACCGGGGUGCCUUCUGGAUGGGCCAGUUUGCAUACGACUACUUUUUCAUUCCAUUCAAUCGGCUCACGCGCUAUUUUUUGGAUUACUUCAUGCAUACUCGUGUGAUGUAUCACGCUUUGCACAAAAGCCGCCUUUCUAGCACCUUUAUCAUCCAGGAUAUGGCGGUCCCGUGGUCUGCUGGCAACGAGUUUAUCGGCUACUUGGGUGAGAACUUUGAUCGAUAUCCGUUGUGGCUAUGUCCGAUUAAACCACAUGCGCGUCAGCAUGUAUCUUUCCAUCCGCAAAGCCUUAUACAUGGAGACACGGGGGGUGAUAACAUGCUCCUCAACGUCGGCCUCUGGACCCCCGGGCCCAGCUCCCAUCGCGCUUUUAUCGAAGCCAACCGCGCCCUCGAGCACAAGACCUACUCUCUCCAUGGCUCUAAAUGGGCUCUACGCCCAGACUUUCUACACGGAAGAUGA